CCCUUCUCCUUCUCCCUCCCUCCCUCCCUCCCUCUGCUCUCUCUCUCUCUCUCUCUCUAAGUCUGUGGGAUCCCCCAAUCGACCGCCUCUCAUUCGCUGCGCCAUCCCCCCACCUAUCAUUACCUGUUGACAGGAACAGCGCCCAGUUGAAGUUGCGUCUCCUGCAAGCCCAAUGACAGUCCGCCGUGGAGACCGUGCUCCGGUCCCAAUCCGGGAACACAUGGCCAUUGAUGUGUCUCCAGGCCCAAUCCGACCCAUUGCCCAAAUCUCUGCUUAUUUUCCACACCCUGGGCUGGAGGGGGUGCUGGCAACUCGGGAUAAGAUGCGGGGUCAAGGGGCAACUAACGUUCCCCCCGGAAGUGGAGAAGGGGAAGCAGCAGAUGGCUACGAUUCCGACGAGAACACCUCACUUGGGACUCUUGAAUUUGAUGUUCUUUAUGAUCCGGAGAGCUGCACCCUUGACUGCACCGUCCUACGGGCCAAGGGGUUGAAACCAAUGGAUUUUAAUGGCUUGGCUGACCCCUAUGUCAAACUGCACCUUCUGCCAGGAGCUUGCAAGGCAAACAAACUGAAAACACGAACCCAACACAACACCCUCAACCCAGUGUGGAACGAGGCCCUCACAUACAACGGGAUAACGGCUGAGGAUAUGGCACGGAAAACCCUGCGAAUCUCUGUCUGUGACGAGGAUAAACUGACGCACAACGAGUUCAUCGGAGAGACCCGGGUGCCCCUGAGACGCCUCCGGCCCGGGCAGAAAAGACACUUCAAUCUGUGCUUGGAACGACAACAACCGCUGGCUUCCCCCUCAUCCAUGACAGCAGCUCUGCGUGGAAUUUCCUGCUACCUGAGAGAGCUAGAACACCCGGCUGGCUGGGCCCUGGAGGAAAGGGGUCGCAUCCUGAUUGCCCUCAUGUACAUCUCUGAGCGCCGUGGACUGCUGGUGUCUAUUCUUCGCUGUGCCCAUUUAGCUGCCAUGGAUGUGUGUGGCUACUCGGAUCCCUAUGUAAAAACGUAUCUGAAGCCAGACGUAGAGAAGAAGUCAAAGCACAAAACCACUGUGAAGAAGAAGACACUGAACCCAGAAUAUAAUGAGGACUUUUUCUACGAGAUUGAACAGUCAGAACUUGCUCAGAAAUCUCUGGAGAUAACAGUUUGGGAUUACGACAUUGGGAAAUCUAACGACUUUAUUGGUGGGGUGACCCUUGGUCCGGGGGCCCCUGGAGAAUGCCGACAACACUGGCUCUCCUGCCUUCAGACCACUGACCGCCGCCUUGAGCACUGGCACACGCUCACCAAUGAGCUCCCAGAAUCCUCCACUUUCGGCCCCUGAGGUGCCAUCUUGAAUGUCCACAGAACUGCAUCCUCCCACCCUGCCUGCCAAAAAAAAGGGAGGGGCACAGCACCAGAGACCCCCCCUCCUUUGCACGAGGACGUUUGCACGUUUUCAACGUUACUUGUUGUUGGUGUCCAUUUAUAUUACGCUCUGGGGAAGGGCUUUAAGUGGAGGCUGUCCCUUCUUCUGGCUUGAUGUGAUGAGGCAAUGUUGGCGGGGGGUAUGGCAGAGCUAAGAAAGAGCAGGAGGAGCCCAAUAAGCAGACUGUGAUUGCCACUUGUACAAGAAAAAGACUAUUUAUGUAAAGUCACAAAAAAUAUACUAUUCUUCAAUUAAUCCUCUCCCUAAAUUACCAGCAUUUCUGCCUUUCCAAGCUGACCACGGAUCUUAAAUGUCACUAUUUGUUUCUUUUCUACCAAGGUCUGGCUUGGAUUUUAAGAGGACCAGAAGCUAUUUGCUAGUCCAUAGUCAGAAAUUUCUAACAUAAGUUUCUUUUAAAACAAAAAUCAUUUCAAAAGCCCUUAAAAACCCACCUCCCUUAUGGAAUUUCUUUCUGCUGUUUAAAAUGACUAUUUUUUUCUCCUUUCCACACCAGCUCCUGUCCCUUCUCAUGUUAUUUUACAGUGGCAUAUGCAAUUCAUUCUCAUGGACCAUUUAAAAAUUGUCUGAUCUCUCCACUUCUUGCAUGGGUUCAAGAGGCUUCCAUUUGGCACACUUCCUAUUAACCUGGUGUUAAGAAGCAUGUUUAUCCCUUUAAGCUUUAAAGGAAAAGAAGCCCUCUGCAAGUCUCCCACCCUGCUAGUUUCUGGCAGGCAAGUAAGGCACUUUUUAAAAAGUGGGGCCACCAGAAAAUACCCUGCUAUUACCAAGCUGCCCAUGUUUUGCCUAUCAAAACACACUAUCUAGCCUUUGAGUCAGAAACAGACGCUUCCAGUUAUUAGAAGUCUGAGGGUCAAUUCACACUCUUCACAGCAGAAGGAUUUGAAAUUGGCUUUCAUUCUGCUGGGGGGGAAAUGGUGUCUGAAGGGCAAACAUGUCUAAGCACACGAUAAAAGGCAGUGGGCUUGGGUUGUGGUCCUGUGAUAUGCUAUGGUUGCCAAAGCACAUCCACCACAUUUUUACAAACUAGGGCUGGCUAUACCAUCAGGCCCAACGCAACACAAUUAAAGCAAGGGUUCUCAAACACUGGUCCCCAGAUGUUGCUGUCCUACAACUCCCCUGACCCUCAGCCACAAUUGUUGCAUUAAAAAGGACAGCAAGUUGUCAGAUAUUUAGGCUAAAACCCUAAACACACAUUCUAGGGUGUGAACAUAAUGGGGCUUACUUCUGAGUAAGCAAUCAUAGAGCUGCAGUGUUCAUUUGUUAUUAUUUCACCACUCUGGGAGACACCAUUACAAUCGCCUUACCCAGGACCCAGAACAUCUUGGGCCAUCUUGUUUGUAUGGUUUUAAUAAUAUUAAAACACAAUCUAUUAAGGUAGGCUGUAAAUCUUAACACAAGCAGCACAAGCUAUUCUUUCGCAACAUAUUCACGUCGAUCUCUCUGCCACAAUAAGCUUUAUACAUUUAUUCCAUCCUGGCCAACAUCUUGACUAAUGCGAUGCUUGCACAACGAACCACGUUGAGCUAAGAUUGGGAAUGCUUGAAACUGCAUUCUUGCACCACUGCACAAAGUGCCCUACAAAACAUAGUGAGGCAUACCGCAGGUGGCACAAGUGCAAACAUCUUUAUGUGACUAAUCUGGAACACAAGCCCAAGACGUGGAGCAACUAGCUAGCACAACAGCCCUGUGCAUGCACAACAUUAGUCAGGAGAACAUUGUCCCGUCUGCCAAUCUCAUAGGGAUUCAGUGUCAGACACACCCAUUUCCUCUCCAUACAUUAUGUUUGCUCACCAAAAGACAAAAUUCGCCUGCUGUGCAAAAUAUGAACCAGCUCUUAAAAAGGGGUGCAGUCUUCCAUUUAUGUUUAUGAUCAAUUAUUUCUAGCCAGGCCAACAAAUGGCAUUUGGUUUCUCUUAAAACAACUGGGUUUCAAAUCGCCCAGAUAUUAAUACAACGUUCUUUCCCCUCCCAGUUUUUAGAGGGUUGGUUACUCCUCCUUACAUCUGUAGUUACAGGAUGGUUUCUUGUAGGCAUCCCACCACCACUUAAAAAUACCUGUAGCAAAAAAAUAAAAUGCAGCAAGUAGCAACAUUUGGGUGCCUACUAGAAGCCAUCUAGUACAAUCAAUAUCCAAGAUGCUGGGAAUGUUUCAAUUUUGUAUAAAAGAAUCCCCAUGUGGUUCUCUGCACAAUUUCUUGUAAGCUGAUUCCCUUCAAAUGUUUACAUAUGCAGUGCAAAACUCCUUGAACAUUUUGUCUUAAAGAAGUUCAUCCUUGAGGAGUUUGCAAGCACUUUUUCAGACUUUCCUGCCUUUUAAUGGAUGUUUUCCUCCGCAGUUUAAAAGGGGUCAGCCUGCCUUGUAAAGGGGCAUCGUUUUUUCACAUAGAUUUUGAUUUCUUAAAACACAACUUAUAAAGGAGGGUAUCUGACAGAUAAGAGUUUAAAAAAACCUCUGGCCUCAUUAUGGGGCAAUUCUUCUAAGGGCUCAUGGGGUUUAGGAAAAGAGAGAAGCCUGAGGGGUGGAAGAUCUGGGGAGGGGUACAGAAAUGGCAACGUGGAAUUUUUUAUACAAAAAAAAAAUAUCCCAUUUACUGAUGGAUUUGCAUGUAUUUUUGGAGUCUGUAAACAAAAAAUAAAAUGUUGGGCGUGACCCCCACGCACACCACC